CACUUCUCCAGUCUCAAGUCAAUAGUCACGAGAAGCCGCGACGAAGCCAGAACAGGCGCGACCAGGAGAGAGUGAGAGAGCACUUGGAUUACUCUCAAUGGAGGAAUCGAUACCCUUCAAGAAUUUACAUAGCCGAGAUUACCAAGGACACAAGAAGAAGGUGCACUCCGUUGCCUGGAAUUGCACCGGCACGAAGCUUGCUUCCGGUUCUGUCGACCAAACCGCGCGGAUUUGGCACAUUGAUCCUCACGGCAGUGGUAAGGUUAAAGAUGUUGAAUUGAAGGGCCACACCGAUAGUGUGGAUCAGCUUUGUUGGGAUCCCAAACAUACGGAUCUAAUUGCAACAGCAUCUGGUGACAAGACAGUUCGACUUUGGGAUGCUCGUACUGGAAAGUGCUCCCAGAUGGUGGAACUUAGUGGAGAGAAUAUUAACAUCACCUAUAAACCCGACGGGACACAUGUAGCUGUUGGUAAUAGAGAUGAUGAACUGACUAUAUUAGAUGUCCGGAAGUUCAAACCAAUUCAUAAGCGAAAAUUCAAUUACGAGGUAAAUGAGAUUGCUUGGAAUGUGACAGGGGAGUUAUUCUUUUUGACAACAGGAAAUGGAACUGUUGAAGUGCUGGCAUACCCAGCUCUUCGACCCAUGGACACCCUGAUGGCUCAUACAGCUGGUUGUUAUUGCAUUGCAAUUGACCCUAAGGGGAGAUAUUUUGCUGUUGGAAGUGCUGAUUCGUUGGUCAGCCUUUGGGACAUCUCAGAGAUGCUUUGUGUGCGGACUUUUACAAAACUUGAAUGGCCUGUCAGGACGAUAAGUUUCAACUACACUGGAGAUUACAUUGCCUCUGCUAGUGAAGACUUGUUCAUUGAUAUAUCCAAUGUUCACAAUGGAAGAUCAGUGCAUCAGAUUCCUUGCCGAGCUGCUAUGAACAGUGUGGAAUGGAAUCCAAAGUAUAAUUUACUUGCGUACGCUGGGGAUGACAAGAAUAAAUACCAGGCCGAUGAAGGUGUUUUCAGGAUAUUUGGCUUUGAGAGCGCCUAAAAUGUGGCAGGAAUCAUCACAGGAGGAUAUUUGGCUUUGAGUUCAUCAGGUCCUACGCAUUGGUGUUAAGUUUCUAGACUUUUAUUGUCAUAAUUAUAUUUGAAGUUGUUUGUAUGCUUGUAUAGUUAUGUCCGUUACCAAUUUGUUGGUUGCAAAGUCCAGCAAAACACAUGUUGAGUAGCUAAAGGGAACGCAAGCCAUCCAUGAGGAACAGACCAAGAAAAUUGACACAAUUCUUUGGCAUUGUUUUGUUAUGGUUGUAACUUUUUAUUGCCCCUAUGAUAUUUGAAGUUGUUGUAACUUGUUACAGUCCUCGGUGAUAUUUGAGAUGAGUAGUGCUUGAAUCUUCAGGCAUAACUUCCGUUUGCGGAUCCAAA